AGGACGCAUCUGCAUAAGCUUUGGUGCCAGACUUCCUGGUCCGGAAUCAGAGUCACUUUCACUUUUGAAGAACAAGUUUUUUAGGUGAAGAGUCUUGGCCUGGGACGAACACAUCAUUAAACCCGAAGAUCAGGGUCUCCUCUAUCAGUUCUGAUCAAACACACAUAUCCAGAGCAGAAAUGUCUGGCAGAGACAAGAAGUCACUGGCUUCCUGCUUUGAACAACAGAAGAGAGUCUUGAUGCACAAACUUCUCAGAGAAACCAUAUCUGAGAGAAACCAUAUCUGAGGACCCCAUCACUAUGGAAGAAUCUCAGUCCAAGCAGGAAAGUAACACAAGGGUGGCUCAGCAUGGAAGCCAACAGGAUGUGGACCCCACCUUCCAAACAAAGAGAGCAUUGGAGAAGGAGCGGUCAAAACCCAGACCCCGGCCGCUUCCUCGGGGUAAGAACACCAAGAACCCCCACCCAUCACUCUGUGACCCCUUCAUCACCACUGAGCCCUACUGCCAAGGUUUCCAUGGACAGGCCAGCCUCCUGUCAGAAGAGUUCGCAGGCCCAGGAGAGGCUGGGAUAGGAAGGCUUUCAGAAGCCUCUAACUGAACUCUGGAGAACACUCUGCUCUACAGAAGUACAUUCUCAGCUUCCCAGGUGGUGAUCAAAAACCCCAGAAGGAGCACCCUGAAACUGUAGUAGGGAGAGUCAGGCCUGCAGAAGGACUCUGAGGAGUCGGCAUAGGGUCUUGAGGCCAGAUCUUGAGAAGAAUAAUUAGAGACACCAAUGUUACAAGCCAGACUUUGGAGUUGGGCACAGGCAGACUCCAGCCCUCCUCAAUGUAUCUAUCUGGGAAAUGGGAAGAUAAAAACUGUCUCCCUGAGCUGUGAGAGUAAAAUGAUAAUCCAUGUCAAAUAUUAAAGAGAAUCCAAUGGUCAAUAAAUGUUCAAUAAUUAUAAGGGCAGACCCAUACAAUUGCUGCUGCUGCUGUUGUGGUUUCCAACCCUGUGGGAAAGAAGCUCAGAGACACUCAUGAGGGAGCUGAGGCCCUGAGAGGAGUAGAGACUCACACAGAGGACUAGAGUAGACCCAGGAGAGGUGUUUAAACUUCAUGGUCCCAGAGCAGGACCAUUUCACAGCAGCACCUGUGAAUGCCUCACUGUCCCCAUGUGACUAUGGAGAAGGGUAUAAGGUGCAGCUCCAAUCACUUCCUGGAUGGUCCAGCACAUCCAAUGAUGUGCCCCUUAGCCAGCUCAUCCGUGAAAUGGAUCAUGAGUCAAGGAGAUGCAUUCAUCGAUCAAAGAAGAAACUUGACAGGUCUGAACAUAUAAGCCAAGGGACCAUUCCAGAAAUAUAUGAGAAGCGAAAAGAGACUAUUUCCCACACACAGUCCAUGGAACAAAAGUAUUUGUUCCAAAAUUUCACAAAGCUACUACUCCUACAAAAAUGUUGCCCAGGAGGCUCAGAGAAAUUGGUCAGGGAAAGCUGGCAUCCAUGUGUACCAGAAGAAGGAGGACAUAUGAUUGAGAUCCAAGACUUAUUUGACCCAAACUUAGAUACUGAGAAAAAGCCUCAAUUAGUCAUAAUAGAGGGGGCUGCUGGGAUUGGGAAGUCAACACUGGCCAGGCAGGUGAAGAGAGCCUGGGACGAAGGCCAGCUCUACAGGGAUCGCUUCCAGCAUGUCUUCUUCUUCAGCUGCAGAGAGCUGGCCCAGUGCAAGCAGCUGAGUCUGGCUGAGCUCAUAGCCCAAGGCCAGGAAGUGCCCACAGCUCCCACCAGACAGAUCCUGUCUCGCCCUGAGAAGCUGCUCUUCAUCCUGGAUGGCAUAGAUGAGCCAGCAUGGGUCUUGGAGGACCAGAAUCCUGAGCUGUGUGUGCACUGGAGUCAAGCACAACCUGUGCACACACUGCUGGGCAGUUUACUAGGAAAAUCCAUCCUUCCUGAGGCUUCCUUAAUGCUCACAGCUCGGACCACAGCUCUACAGAAGCUUGUUCCUUCCUUGGGGCAGCCACAUCGAGUGGAAGUCCUGGGGUUCUCUGAGUUUGAACGGAAGGACUAUUUCUACAAAUACUUUGCAAAAGAAAGAAAUACAAUUAUAGAUUUUAAUUUAAUUGGAUCUAUCCCAGUGCUCCUGACCCUAUGUGAGGUCCCCUGGGUGUGCUGGUUGCUGUGCACUUGCCUGGAAAAGCAGAUGCAGCAGGGUGAAGUACUCUCACUGACCUCACAGACCACCACAGCCCUCUGCCUGAAAUACCUUUCCCUGACAAUCCCAGGUCAGCACCUGAGCACCCAGCUCAGGACCCUCUGCUCACUGGCUGCUGAGGGGAUCUGCCAAAGAAGGACCCUGUUCAGUAAAAGUGACCUCUGUAAGCAAGGGUUAGCAGAGGAUGCCAUUGCCACUUUCCUGAAGAUCGGUGUCCUUCAAAGGCAGCCCAGCUCUCUGAGCUACAGCUUUGCCCACUUGUGUCUCCAGGAGUUCUUUGCAGCGAUGUCCUACAUCUUGGAGGAUAGUGAGGAAGCACAUGGGGAUAUGGGAAACGACAGAACUGUGGAAACACUGGUAGAACGGUAUGGAAGACAAAACCUGUUUGAGGCACCCACUGUGCGCUUUCUACUUGGUCUUUUAAAUACACGGGAAAUGAGAGAAAUGGAAAAUAUCUUUGCCUGCAAGUUUCCUUGGGAGACAAAGUUGAAGUUGCUACAGAGCAUCAUAGGGGAGCCGUUCUGUCAACCAUGUCAUCUGGGUUUGUUCCACUGUCUCUAUGAAAACCAGGAAGAGGAGCUCCUGACAGAGACGAUGCUUUGUUUUCCCUUAACAGCGUCAGGUCCAAAUCACAUGGAAGCCACGGUGUUCCAGACAAACGUGAAGCGCCUGGUGAUACAGACAGACAUGGAGCUCAUGGUGGUCACUUUCUGCAUUACGUUCUCUCAUGUGAGGAGUCUUCGGCUGAAGGGGAAAGGACAGCAGGAAUAUAAGCUAACAGCACCUGCGAUGGUUCUGUACAGGUGGACACCAAUCUCUGAGGCCAGUUGGAAGGUUUUAUUCUCCAAUCUUAAAUGCACCAGAAACCUGGAGGAGCUGGACCUAAGUGGAAAUCCACUGAGCUACUCUGCAGUACGCAGUCUCUGUACAGCACUGAGACAGCCUGGCUGCCGACUAAAGACCUUGUGGCUUGUGGACUGUGGCCUCACAUCCAGAUGCUGCUCAUUCCUGGCCUCAAUGCUCAGUGCCCACUCAAGGUUGGCUGAACUAGACCUGCGACUGAAUGACCUUGGUGACAACGGUGUGAGGCAGCUGUGUGAGGGGCUCAGGAAUCCUGCCUGCAACCUCAGCAUCCUGCGGCUGGACCAGGCCUCUCUCAGUGAGCAGGUGAUUACAGAGCUCAGGGCCCUGGAGACAAAGAAUCCGAAGCUGUUCAUCUCCAGCACAUGGAUGUCACACAUGACGAUGCCCACUGAAAACACAGAUGGAGAAGAGAGCCUGACCUCAUCCAAGCAGCAACAACAACAAUCGGGAGACAAACACAUGGAACCUCUGGGGACUGAUGAUGACUUCUGGGGCCCUUCAGGACCUGUGUCUACUGAGGUGGUUGACAGAGAGAGGAACCUGUACCGAGUGCGAUUGCCCAUGGCUGGUUCCUACCACUGUCCCAGCACAGGACUCCACUUUGUGGUGACAAGGGCAGUGACAAUCGAGAUUGGAUUCUGUGCCUGGAGCCAAUUCCUGCAUGAGACUCCCUUGCAACACAGUCACAUGGUGGCUGGACCUCUGUUUGACAUCAAGGCUGAGCACGGAGCUGUGACUGCAGUGUGCCUCCCUCAUUUUGUGUCCCUCCAAGAGGGAAAGGUGGACAGCUCCUUGUUCCAUGUUGCCCACUUCCAAGACCAUGGGAUGGUCCUAGAAACGCCAGCAAGGGUGGAACCACAUUUCGCAGUACUGGAAAACCCAAGCUUCUCCCCUAUGGGAGUUUUACUGAGAAUGAUUCCUGCUGUGGGACACUUCAUCCCCAUCACUUCCAUCACAUUGAUCUACUAUCGCCUGUAUCUCGAGGACAUCACCUUUCACCUUUACCUGGUCCCCAAUGACUGCACUAUUCGGAAGGCCAUUGAUGAGGAAGAACUGAAGUUUCAGUUUGUGCGCAUAAACAAGCCACCCCCAGUAGAUGCUCUUUAUGUUGGUUCCCGCUAUAUCGUGUCCAGCUCCAAAGAGGUGGAAAUUCUCCCAAAGGAACUGGAGCUGUGCUACCGAAGCCCUCGGGAAUCCCAGCUCUUCUCUGAGAUAUAUGUUGGAAACAUUGGUUCAGGGAUUAAUCUGCAACUAACAGACAAGAAGUAUAUGAAUCUCAUAUGGGAGGCCUUGCUGAAACCAGGGGACCUCAGACCUGCACUGCCCAGGAUGGCUUCAGCCCCCAAAGAUGCUCCUGCCCUGCUACACUUCGUGGACCAGCAUCGGGAGCAGCUGGUGGCCCGAGUGACAUCAGUGGACCCUCUCUUGGACAAGCUGCAUGGUCUGGUGCUGAGUGAAGAAGAUUAUGAGACAGUGAGGGCUGAGGCCACAAACCAAGACAAGAUGAGGAAGCUCUUCAGGGGCAGCCGGUCCUGGAGCUGGGAUUGCAAAGACCAUUUCUACCAAGCUCUGAAGGAGACCCAUCCUCACCUGAUCAUGGACCUCCUUGAGAAGUCGGGAGGGGUCUCUGUUAGACUCUGACAUCCUGGUGACUAAGGAUGAACAUUCUCCUUAGAGUCCUGGCUCUACCUGGCCUUCCUUAGUUUCUCCAUGUGUAACCCAGGGCCAUCUGAGUUCCCUUUCUUGUGGCAGUGCUUCCAUGACAUUUCUUGGUGAUCCGCAUGAUCCCUUUUGGCCUUCCCUAGCCCUAUAUUCAUGUGGAGUGAGCAUCUCAGAAAACAUCCAGUGGAGGCAGCAAGUCUAUUCAGGCCUUGAUCCCCGUUCUCAAAGUAGAUCAGAGCAGCCAGCCUAGGGACAACCUGACGCAUCAUAAAUGCAAGCAGGACUGGGGAUCAUGGGAAUGGAAACAAAAAGAUGAUAGUUUUCCCUGGAAAGUGAGUGCCUCACAGGAAGGGAAGGGGACUUUUUAAAAAAAAAAAAUUUUAAAAAAGAGCCAAAAAAAAAUUUUAGUAAAUAAUAUUUCUUUACUUACAUUUCAAAAGUUAUUCCCCUUCCAGGUUUCCUGUCCAUAAGUCCCCAUCCCCUCCCCCUCCCCCAUACAGGUAUUCCCCCUAUCCAUCCCCCUUACUCCUCCCCCCCAUAGUCCCCUGCCCUGGGUGUCCAACCUUGGCAGGACCAAAGGCUUCCCCUUCCACUGGUGCCCCAACAAGGCUAUUCUCUGCUACAUAUGCAGUUGGAACCCUGCAUAUGGGUCAGUCCAUGUACAGUCUUUUGGUAGUGGUUUAGUCCCUGGAAGCUCUGGUUGGUUGGCAUUGUUUUUCUUAGGGGGUUGCAAGUCCCUUCAGCUCUUUCAAUUCUUCCUCUAAUUCCCCCAAAGGAGGUCCUAUUCUCAGUUUGGUGGUUUGCUGCUAGCAGUGACCUCUGUAUUGGACAUGCUCUAGAUGUGUCUCUCAGGAGAAAUCUAUAUCCGGUCCCUUUCAGCAUGCAUUUUUGAGCUUCAUCAAUCUUAUCUAGUUUUGGCGGCUGUAUAUAUAUGGGAGAAGGGGACUUUUUAAACUCAUGUUAUGUGCUCGGAAACAGAGAUGCAGAGAAGUCACAUGACACAGCAUGGGACUCACUGCCAGAAACACCUCAGAGUCAGUGCGCAUUGUCAAUUAAUCUUGGGCAGUUACACAUGCACAAGCCUUCUGUUCUUGUGAUGAACUUACAAGCCUCACAUUUGCAUACAUCAUCCCAUAUGGAGGUGAGAGUCACAGCUUAAGAAACUGAUGUGCCAAGGUAGAACGGAUGAUUGAACAGAAGGCUCAGUGGUUAGGAACUGCUCUUGAUAUGAUCAGAGUCCUCCUCCCAGCACCCACUUCAGACAGCUGACAACUGUGGAUAACACCAGCUUCAUGGGAUCCAACAGACUCCUUCCCACUCCUUGGUCACCCAUACACCCAUUCACAUGCCCAAAAUACGUUUUAAUUUUAUAAAAGAAUGAAUAACAAAAUGGAACUCUUCUCCAUUGUUCACCAAUCUACCAGAGGAAUGCCUCACCAAAACCCACAGUGGGACUUGAGGCUUGUAAGUCUGUGUACUUGUCCCCAGGACAGCCCUGCCAGUCUCUUUCCCCAGACCACCAGCUUCCCUUCUGGAUGAAGCUUCUGCAUUCCUCCCUGACAGACCCAUGCACAGAGCAGUUAGCCAGCUUCUCAGUGUCAUCCAUCUUUCCUCUUGACUCUGCAGGUGUGCUCGCUCUACUGUGUGGAUCUCUGCACCCUGCUUCUCUUUCUCUUUUGGAAAACAGUAUUUUCCUCAUUCUAACUCCUGCCCUUCACUGGGUUACAGGCAGGUAGUUUUUGUCCAGACUUAUUAUCUAAAAUUAUCUAGGAUAUUUAGUGGACAAGAGAUAAUUUCAGUUUUGACCACCUUUCUGCUGUAUUGACUUCAUCCAAUGUUUAGAAAUAACCUAAGACUAAGCAAAUAAUUAUAGAUUGAGUCAAGGUUCUUAAAUGUGUGUGACAGAUAUGACACACCAGGCUGUCCAUGAAGGUUCUUAAAUGAUUAUGACAGAUAUGAUACACUGGGCUGUCAAUCAAGGUCCUUAAACCUGUGUGACAGGUAUGACACACUGAUCUUAUUUGUAAAUAAGUUAAAAUGCUAAAAUAUCAAUAGUAAAUAUAUUUUCUAUACAGUGAGCAUCUUAAAUUUUAUAAAAAGGAAGUAUUUUUAUUUCAUGAAUUAUUGAUGUAUUAAAGUGAGUUCCCAUCCUUUUCUCUGUCAACUCCUUGCAAUUCGAGUGCUGUGUCUGACACGACCCCUGAUAGAACAAUGGCCAACAACAGAUCUGCACUGAGACAGUCUCCAGAGCGGAGGUUCUCAACUUGGCUCCUCCAGAAGACAAGCCUCAUGGACAGCGGUCAGGACCAGUCGCUUCAGUCAGACAAUGGCACAUUUGCAGGGAAAACAGUAUUAGUGAAUAGAACAGCUCAGUAUUAAGUUUUCUUGCCAGAAGUGUUAUUCUUCUUCUCUAGGCUGGGUAUCUCAAGCUAUAAUCUGCAGCCCACACAGCUGGUGUCCCAGGAAUACAAACACACCUUGUGGGACCAGCGAGAGACACCUGACACUGUUGUCAGUGUCAGGUUCUUUAAAGAAUCCAACGGGACAGUAAGUACUUAGAAAUAGAGAUUUUUAGAGUACACAUUCAUCUAACAUAAGCCAGUGAUUUGGAAGAAAUAUACUUUAUACAAUAAAAAAAGUUUAUUGCCAUGUUUACAUUGUUGUGUUAAUGGUAAUUAAACCCAAUUACAACAGUAAUUUUCUUAAAAUUGAUCUUUAAGAUGAUUAAAGGUUCAUCAUUUUUAAAUGUCCUACAUAAAGAAAACGUAUUAAGGAAUAUAAAAUGGCAACUAUCUGCUUAAGUAGCACUCUGCUGGGAAAAGGCUUUUUUUUUAAACUAUAAACUCCCAUUAAUUGGAGUCUGUUUUGUGCCAAGUUACUAGCUGUGGCUUCACUGUCAAAAUGUGUGUAUCUGUGUGACCUGAUAGCACUAGUCACAACAGAGAGCAGGAUGAUCCAGUUUCUUUGCUGAGUCAGGGGGGGCAGAAGUCUAGGCUGAGGGCACAUCUGUGUUUUCAAGGUUUGUCCUUCCUUACCAGGUUAGAAUGUUUAUUUAACAUUUUUAUGUCUUCCAGAAGAAACAUUACAAAAAAAUCAAAAGCUUUUGACUUCUGACACCUCAUAUGUUUUACCUUUUUUAACCAAAAAUAUUUUUGUAAUCUAUUAAAAAAAUAACAAAAAAAAAUUCCUCUUACUCCAAAAUAAUCAUGAUUAGCAUAAAAUGGCUGUGUAUCUUCGAAGUAUUUCCUUUUCGUGGAAACUUUGUUUUAUAUAAUCUAAACAUUAAAUAUUUGAAAAGAGCUAA